UCCAUUUCACUUGCUACUGCGUGUUGUAGUGAAGCUUCAUCCAUCUUCAUUAUUUAUUCUCGUUGUAGUGCUUGCAAACCAAACGAGUGAGAAUCCUUAGUAUGGAAAUGGAAGGAAGGGUUGUGAGUUCAAGAUUCAAGAGGGUUUGUGUUUUCUGUGGUAGCAGUACGGGGAAGAGAAAUUGCUACAGGGAUGCUGCCAUUGAGUUGGCCCAAGAGCUGGUGUCAAGGAGGCUCGACCUUGUGUAUGGAGGUGGGAGUAUUGGGCUAAUGGGUCUGGUUUCGCAAGCUGUGCAUCGUGGUGGGGGUAAAGUUCUUGGGAUCAUCCCGAGGACUCUGAUGUGCAAAGAGAUAACGGGUGAGACGGUUGGAGAGGUGAGGCCAGUAGCCGACAUGCACCAAAGAAAGGCAGAAAUGGCCCGCCAUUCUGAUUGUUUUAUUGCCCUACCAGGUGGGUAUGGAACUUUGGAAGAGCUUUUGGAGGUCAUCACCUGGGCCCAACUGGGAAUCCAUGACAAGCCUGUGGGCCUGUUGAAUGUCGAUGGCUACUACAAUUCCUUUCUUACUUUCAUUGACAAAGCCGUGGAUGAUGGCUUCAUCAAGCCAUCCCAGCGCCACAUCAUUGUGUCUGCUCCUAAUGCCAGAGAGCUUGUUCAGAAGCUUGAGGAGUACGUGCCAGUGCAUGAUGGAGCCAUAGCCAAGGCAAGGUGGGAGGUGGAGUUACCACAACAGCAGCAGCAACAACAGGUGGGGUUCAAUGCCACUACUUUGCAGACUGAGAUCGCUCUAUAAAGAGAGACAAGUGAAAAGUAGAAGAAAAAAGUUGGGGGGAAAAAGUGCUUAUGCUCUUUGCUUUUGGUCUUAUUUUGGGUCAUAUACCAACCAUACCAUAAUGGUAUGCUAUGGUAAAGUUGUUGGAUUGACUGGGGUGUGAUGUAACCCAGAAGAAAGAAAAAAGUAGGAAAAAAAAAAAAAAAGAUUAGGGAGAUGUAGAAGAAACUUUGACAAAAAAAAAAAAAAAAAAAAUUCGGGCAUUUUUGUAUCUUUCUUAGAAAGAAAGGCUAAUAUCCUGGGUGCUUGGUUAAGUUUUAAGCAUUGUAUUUUGAAGCUUGAAUUGUGUACAAAGAUUUUAUAGAAGGAACAAGAAGUAAGUUCCAAAAA